AUCAUGAUGGAGGACCUGCUCAAAGAUUAUUUUCAUGCUUUCAUUACUCAAAAAAAAACCACCCAUAUGCUUUCUAAGAUUUCAUCUCAUUCAACUGUAAAUGUCAUUAAUAACUGGCACUGACACAAGGUGUGUUUAUAACAGUGGUGUGUUUAUAACAGUGGUGUUUAUUGAAAAUUCUGUUCAUCUGUCACUUCAUGACAUUGUUGAAAAAAAGGUGAUUCUCAAAGUGUCUGACUUUUAUCUGGAGUUUAUGGAACCAUGGUUACUUAAAUAACGACUGUUUUCUUUUUUCUAGUUUCAGAGUGAUUUUACAAAUUUACUAAUGGCUCAGAAAGUUCAUGUGGAGCCUUACCACGUUUUUGGUUUGUGCCGGGAAACGAGAAACAACUUGCUUUUUUUGGACGAACACACCAUCAUUUUCCCAAGCGGAAACAAUUGCGUGCUCUCCGACAUCCAUCAGCGAUGGACCAAGUUCAUUCCAGGUGCAAUGCCAUGCCGGCAGGGGGAACAGGGCAUACAGGCGCUGGCUCUUAGCCCCGACCGGUGCUACCUGGCUGUGUCAGAGCUCAGAGAACAGCGUACCAUCACCAUCUAUGACAUACAGAGCGAGCAGCGCUCCAAGAGACAGGUACUGACAGGCGGCAGCAAUGGUGUCCAUGAAUUCGUCUGUAUGGCUUUUUCUGCAGACUCCAAAUACCUGCUGGGCCAGUCUGGAGGACUCGAUUGGACCCUCUUCUACUGGGAGUGGGAAACGAAUACGGCCAUUGCCAUGGUGCAGACCACAAAGCUUGGCUUUGUCAGUCAGGUAAGCUUUAAUCCGAAGGACAACACACAGAUUUGUGUGAGUGGAAAUUGCGUCUUCAAGAUGUUCAAAUUAGAGAACAACGUCCUGAAUCAGACCAGCUCGUCUGAGAUGGACCAAGAAAACUUCAUGUCCCAUGCGUGGAUGUCUGAGGACUGCAUCGUCUCAGGGACAGAAACAGGAAAACUGCUCAUGUUGACAGCUGGACAAUGGCAGAACUUGGGGAGGGCUUCUGAGAGGUGCAUCACUGCCAUCGCGCCGUUCUCUAAAGGUUUUGCCUGUGCAGCUGCGCCAGGGCUAGUUUGCCUUUAUGAGAAAAUAGAGGAGUACAGCUACAGGAAGACCUCAGAAAUAAGAAUUCCUCAGGACCCCUGCAGCAGUCAGCCGAGUCAGUCGGAGCAGCAGGAGAUCACAACAAUAUGCCUGAGUCCAUCAGAGGAGAUGCUGGCCGUAAGCACACGCCAAGGACAAAUCUACCACGUCAGCCUCACCUCGCCCGAGAUUAGCCAGGGUAAGCAGGCCAACUUUGAGUUCCUGUUUCACUCUGUUCACUUGGGGAGUAUCACCGGUCUGUCCACCUGCUCCUCCAAACCCCUCUUCGCCACCUGCUCCAAAGACCUCUCCGUGCGCAUCUGGAACUACAAGACCAAGUCUCUGGAGCUGCGUAAGGAGUUUCUUGAAGAGCCGAACUUUAUCUCAUUGCACCCAAAUGGCCUCUCCAUCCUGGUGGGCUUCCCUGAUAAAGUCUGCCUCAUGAAUGUGUUGGUUGAUGAAUUCCGCACUGUCCAGGAGUUCAACAUACACAACUGCAGUGAGUGUGUUUUCAACCAUGAUGGUAACGUGUUCGCCGCCGUCAGUGACAAACUGAUAAACAUCUGCAACAUCAGAACGGGAGAAAAAGUGCACCUGAAUGGCCACAUUAACAAGGUGCAGUCAGUGAUGUGGAGCAAAGAUGACCGUUGUCUGGUGUCAUGUGGUAUGGACGGCGCUGUAUAUAAAUGGGACGCUCUGACGGGCGCCUGUGAGUCCUCUAAGAACUUGGAGAAAUCAUGUAUCUAUAUGGAUGCGAUGUUCUCGCCCGACACUGGGAGCGUCCUUGCUGUAGGCAACAAUUUCACACUGAAUGAGCUCCGAGAUGGAAAGAUCCUAAGGGAAAUGUCCUCCGAUGGCGUGGCCUACACAGCCAUCUCCAUGACUCAUUCCUGUAAAGCACUCUUUGUUGGAACUGCCGUUGGUACUGUUCGAGUCAUGCAGUACCCGUUAGAAGAGGAGAAAUCCUGGACAGAGUAUCAGGCGCAUUCUGGUCCCAUCACCAAAAUGGUCGUCACGCCUGGUGAUCAGUAUCUUCUGACGGCCUCAGAGGACGGCUCCCUCCUCAUCUGGGCGAUCACUGACCAGGAGGGACGAACGCUGGAUUUGGUAAAAGAGACAGAUUACACCGAGGAGGUCAUCUGUACAAAGGCCUAUCUGGAGGAAAAGGACCAGAGAAUACAAGAGGCUUAUGCACAGGUGAAGUUGCUGAAGGAGGAUCAGGAGCGCAAGAUAAAUCAGAAUCAGAUGGACUAUGAGAAGAAGAUUAAUAAAGUCGAGCAGAAUUUCCUCCAGCAGAUUGAGGCUCUGAACAGCCUGAUCGAGGUGCUGAAUACUGAGAAGGAGGAACUGAUUUUCUUUAAGGAAAAGGCCCUGUCUGAGAUGAUGAAAAAACAUACCACAGAGCUGAAGGAUCUGGAUCAUAAGCACGAAGGUCAGUUGUUUAAAGCUUUCCGGAAACAUGAUGAGUUGAAGAAGAGACUUCAGGCCAUGGAGCAGAACCAUGAGGAGAAACUGCGUGAGCACGAGGACAACCGUUUCUAUACCAUGAUGGACAUGAAACGGGCCUAUGAUGACAAGCUGAAGGAUCGAGAGAACAGGUUGCAGCAGGCUGAGGACAGGCUGAAGGAACUGCAGGAGAAAGUUGACUCUGAGUUCAAAAAUGUCUUCCUCCAAUAUGAUCUGGAACUCGAGAAGGAGAAGGAGACCAGCAUGAAGCUGGAAUAUGAAUUGGAGAAUCAGAUGAUGCAGUUCUGCAAAAUAACAGAAGAGAUACAGGACCAGUGGCUUGGGAUCAGUCAGCUCCAGAUUAAGGUAGAGGAGAUUAACAGCAAGAACAAGGAGACAAAUCAGAAACUGGAACAGUCUCUGAAAAUACAGGAACAAGAGCUGUGCACAGAGAGGAAGAGGGCCACAAACAUGAACACUCUGGUGCAGAGGAUGAAGGCUGACAUCCAAAACUGCUCAAGCUUCAUCAAUCAGCCGUUCCUCCUGAAGGAUAACUUCACAAGACUCUACAAGACCUACAUCCAUGAAGCAGAUGUGGGAGUUGCAGUGAAGGCUGAGGUCGUACAAGAGCACACCAGGCAGAGGGAGCUCCUGCAGAAGACGGUGGUAUCUCAGAAGAAAAGCCAGGCUAUGGAUGGCAAAAUUCAGCCAACAGAUUACUCCAAGAUCCUGAAGGAAGAGGUGCUGCAGGAGGUGAAGUCUGCUGAAACUGAAAUCGAGCAACUGCAGAACAAGACUCGAGAGAAAAAACAGAUAUGUAAAUAUCUUGAGGCUGAGGUGGAGGAGAUCAACAGCAGGAACAAAACCAUGCAAGAACUGACACAGAAGCUGAACAUGAAGGAAACUGCACUGUGUACAGAGAGGCAGAGGGUCAGAAACCUGAACACUCUGGUGCAGAGGAUGAAGACCGACAUCCAAAACUGCUUAGGCUUCAUCCAGCAGCCGAGCCUGCUGAAGGAGAACUUCCUAAAACUCUACCAAAGCUACAUCCAUGAAGCAGAUGUCAGAGUUGGAGUGAAGGCUGAGGUCGUGCAAGAGCACACCAGGCAAAGGGAGCUCCUGCAGAAGACGGUGGUAUCUCAGAAGAAAAACCAGGUUAUGGAGGUCAAAACUCAGCCAGCAGAUUGCUCCAAGAUCCUGAAGAAGAGUACGAUGCCUGCUGAAGAGCGUAUCCAGGAGAGAGCAAAGAACUCCCAACACCGAACAGAGAUCAACAUCCCUAAGAAGAUUGUGACUGCCCCAUUUCUCAGCAUAGUAUCCUCAAAGGAUUCACAGCCGAAUUCUACAAAAUGGCCCGUGACCCAAGAAUCCCCCAAAAUACAGAGGCUAAAGAUAGACAUCCAGGAUAUGGGACAAGUCCAAGCUGCAUGUCAGAGCUCAUUAGGAAGUUUGAAACUUCCAGCAAUUAACACUAAGAUCAUCGAAUGAUCACUAGGGAGGUGUCGAAUACUUGGAUAUAGGAUGUAGUGUGUGGACGUUUGCAUGCCGAGACCCGAACGCUGCUUCUUUUCUAUAAUCCUUGGUCAAGCAGAGGGGAAAUGAGGAAAUGAUUUUUUUUAUUUGAAAUAAAAGCUGAAAAUAAAAAUUAUAAUGAAUAAU